AAAUUCUUUCAAAGAAGGCAGUCAGAAAUCUGAAAAAAUUAUCCAUGCAAUAAUGUACAUGGUGUGCAAAGAUAAUCAACCACUUAGCAUUGUAGAAGAUAAAGGCUUUGUUCAUUUGAUGAACGUAGUUGCACCAAAUUUUAAAAUUCCAAGUCGAAGGGACAUCUCUCGUAGAAUAUUUUUAUUGUAUGAUUCAAUGAAAAAUAUGUUUAUUGACAAAUUAAAAAAUGUUCAACACUUUGCGUUGACUACCGAUAUAUGGACAGAUAUACACACAAGAAGUCAUAUUGGCAUUACCAUAUAUUUUGUGGAGAACUAUAUAAUAAAUUCAGGUCUGUUGGUCGUUUUUGAACUGGACGAAAGGCACACAUCUGAGUACAUUGCUUCUAAGUUAGUAGAAGUGUGUGAUGAAUGGAGUAUAUCGACUAAAAGUAUAGUUGCUAUUACCACAGAUGGAGCAGCAAAUAUGAUAAAAGCUAUUGAUUUAGCAUUUGACAAAAAACGUCAGAUUAUAUUUUUUGCUCAUGCAUUAAAUCUUGUAGCUCAGCAAGCCAUAUCAAAUGUUCCUGAACUUACCACUUUAAUCUCAAAAGUUAAAAAUAUAGUCAGAUGGUUUAAGCAAAGCGUUGUUGCGAGUGACGACCUUAGAAAGACGACUAAGGGUGAUGGAAAACUGCUUCAAGAAGUUCCUACUCGCUGGAAUAGUACAUUUUAUAUGUUUGAGAGGUUUAUUUGUUUAAAUCAAAUUGUUAAUGACAUUGUUCAUAGGCAUAUUUCUGCUCCAGAUAUGGUAUCGGCUAAAGAAGUACAUGAUAUCUCUGAUGUAAUAGAUAUAUUAAGACCAGUAGAAGCUGCUACAAAGGAACUUUGUGCCCAAAAAUAUGUAACGACAAGUAUGGUGAUUCCUAUGGUGUUUAUACUGCAGAAAAAUGUUAAAGAAUUUCAACCAAAACAAAUAAUGGGAAUUCAGCUAAAAUCUGCAAUUAUUGCACAAUGUGAUAAACAUUUCAGUUCUGUAGAAAGUUGUUCCCUUUUGGGUAUGACAACUAUUUUGGACCCACGUUUUAAAAAACUUUAUUUUAAAGACACCGUUGUAUUAUCCAAGAUGCUGAGGUAUAUAUCAAAUGAGAUACAGCAAACACAGACCAUGAGCUCCAGUGAAAGUUCAUCCGAUACAGACAACACAGCAGUAGAAGAACCUCAGACGUUCAAUUUGUGGCAAGAUCAUGCUAAAUACGUUCAACAAUCUACCAGUCGUAAAUCCCAUAGAGGACAGUUACAGGAGGAUAGUGGAUUUUCCUCCGAAUUAAAUUUAUACUUGAAAAGCAGUUAUGCCAGAUUAUCAGAUGAUCCUUUACUGAUACGGAAGGAUAUGUGUAAGGUGUAUCCAAUACUAUCCAAGGUUGCUGUUAAAUAUCUAGUACCUGUUUCGACGUCUGUCCUCAGCGAAAGAUUGUUUUCUAAGGCAGGAUUGACAUUAAACAAACAACGGAAUCGAUUAACAUCCAAGCAUUUAAAUCAACUGUUAUUUUUACAGUCUUUAGAUGAGACAUUAUGA